UGCAACUCCAAAAGAACAUCAUCUACUUAAAUAAGUUAAAAGUUAAUCACUUCAGAAACUCAAAUUUUAGCAAAUUAUUAUGGAGGACCCUAAAAAGCCCGAAAAAGCCCAUGUACUUGUACUUCCUUUUACGGGCCAAGGCCACAUUAACCCAAUGCUUCAAUUCUCCAAACGUUUAUCCUCCAAAGGCAUCAAGUCCACCUUAAUCACAACCAUCUACAUUUCCAAGUCUUUGAAAACUACCACCAUCGCAACCCACUAUGGCCCACCCAUCCAACUCCGACCCAUUUCCGACGGCUACGACGAUGAUGGCUAUCACCAGGCUGAGUCCACCGCGGCCUACUUGGAUAGUCUUCGGACCAACGGGCCGGUAUCACUAGCCCAACUUAUUAAGAAGUUAAGUGAGGAGGGUGACCCGGUUAACGCGGUCAUAUAUGACGGGUUCUUACCUUGGGCUUUGGAUGUAGCCAAGCAAUUUGGGCUUGUUGGGGUGGUGUUUUUUACUCAGUCUUGUACAGUGAAUAGUAUUUACUACCAUGUUCAACGUGGGCUGAUCCAGCUCCCGUUAAUGGGGCAUGGGUCGACUACUGUUUCAGUUCCCGGGGCACCGGAGCUCCAACCGUGGGAGGCUCCGUCUUUUGUGCACAAUUACGGGUCAUACCCGUUUUGGUUUGAUGUGAUUUUGGGACAGUUCUCUAAUAUUGAUCAAGUGGAUUGGGUGCUCUGCAAUAUCUUCUAUGACAUGGAGAAAGAGGAAUUUAGUUAUAUUAUUGUCCUCUUUGGUCAUGGGUUCAGACCAACAGUCCCCUCAUAUUACCUUGACAAAAGACUAGAACAUGACAAAGACUACGGCCUUCAACUCCUUAACCCAAACACAACCUUAUGCAACAACUGGCUAGACUCCAAACCUAAAGACUCCGUCAUCUACGUGUCCUUCGGAAGCGCAGCCGAGUUAACUGAAGAACAAUUCAAAGAACUAGCACAAGGUUUAAAAAACAGCCAGCAUAAUUUCUUAUGGGUGGUAAGAGAAUCAGAACAAGCAAAACUUCCAAACGGGUUCAUACCCGAAACAUCCGGGCCGGGCCUUGUGGUGGGUUGGGCCUCUCAGCUGGAAGUCUUGGCCAAUGAGGCGACGGGCUGUUUUGUGACACACUGUGGGUUUAACUCGGUUCUUGAAGCGUUGUCACUUGGAGUGCCGGUGGUGGGGGUCCCACAGUGGACGGACCAAGGGACUAAUGGUAAGUUUGUGGAGGAUGUUUGGGGAAUAGGUGUAAGGGUUAAGGUUGAUGAUGAUGGGAUUGUGAGGAAGAAAGAAUUACAGGAAUGUAUUAAGGAAGUUAUGGAGGGUGAGAAAAGUGAAGAGAUUAAGAGGAGUUUGAGUAAGUGGAAGAAGUUGGCUAAAGAGGCAGUUGAUGAAGGUGGAAGUUCUGAUAAGAAUAUUGAUGAGUUUGUUGCUUAUUUAGCAGAAAUGCAGAAUGUUAGAAGCUGAUAUUUCAGAGAAAAAUUAGUAUAUGUAAAAUAUUUCAGAGGAAAAUAACUGUGUAAAAUAUGUUGCUGAUGGUUAAUAGGACUGCAGUCCAAGUAACAGUAUGACAUUUUUAAUGUAGCUAGAGGUUUUGAUUUUCCG